AGGGUUUGGUUCAUCUGUGAAUUGCUGCAUGGGCUGUAGCGAAAGGGGCAUGUGGGCCAGCUGGACUCUGCGGGGAGCCCCAGGCUGUCGAGUCCCCGUGCUGCUGGCGUUGCUGUCACAGUGUCACGGGAUGCUCUGUGAAGUGGGGUCACUGCCGCUGUCCUACGUGUCCAGGAGUUAUAGCUAGGGUCCCUCCUGCUUUGAGAAGCAAAAUGACUGUCUCACAACUCUGUAUUGAGGAGAGAGCAUAGGAGGUCUGCCAGUGCACCUUUCCCAAGACUCGCAGAGACCCGGCGAGUCCCGAUCGUUGCUGCUUGGGUAACGCGAUCCUCUGCAGAGUAACUGUCCGGUUGUGAGACCCUGCUUCUACAAACAUUCCCCAUUCUCAGGUGUGUGGUAAAAAUGGUGCAGAAGUACCAGUCCCCAGUUCGAGUCUACAAAUAUCCUUUUGAGCUCGUCAUGGCGGCAUAUGAAAAGCGCUUUCCUACAUGUCCGGAGAUUCCAGUCUUCCUAGGGAGUGAAAUCCUGCAUGAAUCCAGGAGUGACGAUGGAGCUAUACAUAUCAUUGAACGGAGCUGCAAACUGAAUGUGGAUGCUCCCAGGCUGCUAAAGAAGAUUGCAGGCGUGGAGUAUGUUUUCUUCAUACAGAAGAACACCGUGAACUGGAAAGAGCGGACUCUCCGCAUUGAAGCCCACAAUGAGACUUUUGCCAACCGUGUUGUCGUCCUUGAGACGUGCAGCUACUCAGUUCACCCUGAGAAUGAGGAGUGGACUUGCUUUGAACAGUCUGCAUCUCUCGACAUCAAGUCAUUUUUUGGCUUUGAAAGCACAGUGGAAAAAAUUGCCAUGAAACAGUACACUUCAAACAUCAAGCGGGGCAAGGAAGUGAUUGAACAUUACCUGAAGGAGCUGAUCUCUCAAGGGAUCACAUUCAUCCCUCGCUGGACACCUCCUGCUGUGUGUGGACAGGCGGCUGAGCAAGCACCAGCAGUUGGACACGAUGCUGAUGCUGUGCCCGUCGAGGCUGGGGCUCGGGGAACUACCAAAGAGCAAACUGGCAGCUCCUGCCCUCCAGCAGAGGCUGUCAGCCCCGAUGCUGACAAAUUGGAUGCUGAUUACAUUGAGCGAUAUCUGGGCCAGCUGACUCCAAUGCAAGAGAGUUGCUUGAUCCGUCUUCGUCAGUGGCUUCAAGAAACGCACAAAGGCAAGAUCCCCAAAGAUGAACAUAUCCUUCGAUUUCUACGGGCUCGUGACUUCAACAUUGACAAAGCUCGAGAAAUGCUCUGUCAGUCGCUGUCUUGGAGAAAGCAAUACCAGGUGGAUUACAUCCUACAGUCCUGGAGGCCCCCAGCCCUCCUAGAUGAAUACUACACCGGAGGAUGGCAUUAUCAAGACAGAGAUGGACGACCGCUUUACAUCCUUCGUCUUGGCCAGAUGGACACAAAGGGUUUGGUGAAAGCCCUGGGAGAAGAAUCACUGCUGCGACAUGUUUUGUCAAUUAAUGAGGAAGGACAAAAGAGGUGUGAGGAAAACACCAACCUAUUUGGCCGCCCCAUCACAUCCUGGACAUGUCUGGUGGACUUGGAAGGGCUAAAUAUGCGGCAUCUCUGGCGGCCUGGAGUUAAGGCCCUGCUUCGAAUCAUCGAGGUUGUAGAGGACAACUACCCCGAAACUCUGGGCAGACUUCUGAUAGUGCGAGCACCCAGGGUCUUUCCUGUACUCUGGACUCUGGUCAGUCCCUUUAUCAAUGAGAACACAAGGCAGAAGUUCCUUAUUUACAGUGGGAAUAACUACCAGGGUCCAGGAGGGCUGGUAGAUUACGUGGACAAAGAGGUGAUCCCAGACUUCCUGGGAGGAGACUGCAUGUGUACUGUUCCAGAAGGCGGGCUUGUUCCUAAGUCACUUUAUCAAACAGAUGAAGAGCCAGAAAAUGCAGAUCACAUCCGGUUAUGGACAGAAACUAUCUAUCAUUCUGCGAGCGUCCUCAGAGGAGCUCCACAUGAGAUAGUCGUGGAGAUUUUGGAAGGGGAGUCUGUGAUCACUUGGGACUUUGACAUCCUGAAGGGAGAUGUGGUGUUCAGCCUCUUUCACUCCAAACGAGCUCCUGAAACAAGUCAUAAAGAAGCCGCGUUACCAAGUACCUCUACUGCUGGGGACAAUGUGCAGCUCAUUGAUAAGACGUGGGUCCUUGGAGUGGAUUACAGUCGUAUGGAAUCUCCACUGGUUUGUCGGGAAGGAGAGAGCAUCCAGGGAUCUCAUGUGACUCGUUGGCCCGGCUUUUACAUUCUCCAGUGGAAAAUGCAUGGUCCUCUGCCCUGUUCUGGCACUAGCCUCCCUCGGGUGGAUGAUGUUCUCGCCUCUCUGCAAGUUUCCAGUCACAAGUGCAAGCUUAUAUAUUACUAUGAAGUGCUUGCAUCCAAGGACUUCAGGGGAUCCAUGUCAAGCCUGGAAUCUUGCAACAGCGGGUUUUCCCAGCUGAGUGGAGCCACGACAUCUUCCAACCAGUCCCAGAGCAGCUCCCAUCUUUCCAGAUAGCAAGGACAAGGCUACACCACAAGGAAAAAUCACUCAGGGCUUCUUGGCUGCCCCAGAGCUGCUCUGUGCACCAAACCAAAGAGCCUGCAGGGGCUGAGCCUUGAGGCAGUCGUUCGUGUGAUCACAGGCAGCAGCUGCUGGACAGCGAGUGACUUCUGGGAGCUGUUCUCGACAAAGACUUAGCACUCAAAUGGCAGGUGUAGUACUUCUGUAUCAGAUGCCUACUUCUCCAGUAGUCUUUUUCAUAGAUCGUGUUUUUGGAUGAAUGUCAGUUUGCAUGAAUUCAUGUUAUUACUGAACUCUAAAGGGCUCUUUCCAAUCAGUCCUUUUCCUGUGUGUGGCAGAGGAGACUGAUGUUGCCUUAUCUGAUUGAUCUGUAGGACUAGAUUAUUCACGUGUAGCAAAAUUAAUCCAGUUUUCUGGGUGCCCAGGGUAGCACUUACCCAUCAGAAAUUAAAGUGGGCAUUUCAGGUGCAGGGACUUGAAGCAAACUGUAAAUACCUUAAUACAAAUAGGAUAUUUUAGAAACUAGUUCCAGGUCAAACCUAAAACCUCUUCCGACCUGACAGGAUGCUAUUAGGAAAUGUGUUGGAUUUUUUUAACCCACUGAGACACAAAAAUCAAAACUGUUUUCUAGAAAGUAUAGGCAGAGAACCUGCCUCAAGUAAGCAGCAUCUUUCUUAAAGAUAGACUAUUUAUCCUUCCUCCUCAGGUUUACAAGCAAUAAUAGGUAGAUCUGACCCAUCUCAUCAAAGUAGAUGGGAACUGAAUCAAAUUAUAAAGGGCUAAGAAAAGCAAUAUUUUAUUUCCUGAAGGCACAAAGUUUUAUGGCAGUAUUAAAGAAGUCUUUAUAAUGUGAGCUAACUUGAAAACUUCAGAAAAAAAAGCAUGUAUGUAUUUAAGCGCUUACUGAAACAUAUUUAUUCAAAUAAUAGCUUAUUUUAAGUUAAUUUUUAACUUAUUUAUAAUUUGAAAAAUGAGUAUUUAUUAAAUCCAAUCACUUUUUUUUAGUGAGACAAACUCCCUUUUAGAAAGGAAUAACUGAUUGUCUUCACUCCCAAGAAUCUUUCUAUUUCUAAUUUUUGUGACUGCCAGAUAUUCUUGUGUAAAGGGCUGUAUCAUACAUCGCACUAGGGAUAAGGGCUGCAUGUCAUCUUUUCCUGCAAGGUCAAGUUAGAGUCCAAAGCUUGGGGCUCUACAUGGAUGUUUCCCAGGAUUAAGAAGUGAUUAUUACAUUACAUUUGCGAGUUGUGAGAAGAUGGUGCAUCUUCAUGACAUUCAUGACAUGCCAAAACCACCGUGUUUGUCAGAAAUCUCCAUGAUUAUGCUAGAGAACAGACACAUAGAAAAGGUGCUGGCAAUUGGUUUAUCGGGGCGGGUAGCAGAGAAGUUGUGUUUUUGUUUAGGCAGGAAAAAAAAUAGGUGUCAAAUACUGAGUUGCACUUAGGCGAUAUUUGCAAUUAGCGGACACGUGGGACUUGUGAUGCAGACCGAUGUCUGCUCUAGGAUCCAGCAGUGCUGUGCGGAGACCCCAUCCCUACCAGCUGGAGGUGACUGCUGCACGGAUCGCUCAGGCUGGCCUGAACUACAUGAGUGUCCAGUUCCAACACUGGGCAACAGUGCAGAUGGUUCUGGGGUUUGGGGCAGGAUUGAAGCACAACUUGCAGUGGAGGUGUAGUUUCUUUGCCAGCACAGCCAUUCAGGUAUCCAUGGCCAUGCUACUCAGUACAAUCCUGUCUCUUUUCCCUUCUCACCAAGCUUAUAUUAAGGUUGAUAAAUGUGUGCAGGUAAGGAGAACAUAUAUGUAAAGUAAUUCCUUCUAAUCCUACUUCUUUAUUUAAUUGCUGAUUUUGAAGCACCGGGCACUGAAAAAGGAGAAAAGCAUCCCAAAUAAUUGGAACAAAAGAUGAAGUUGACGUGCUUAUGUAAGUUGCCUUUUUUUUUUUUUUAAGGAACAGAACUGAGGAAAUUAGUCCCCCACCUUGUAUCUCAGUGUGAGAGCAGAACAAGUAACUUAGUUAAUGCAGGCCCUAGGAAAGUUCUGAUUUCAGGGAAUUCACCAGUUGUUCUGUAGACUUUACCAUUUCUCCCAGGUGAUUCAAUUUUUGCUUUUUCAGUAUACUUGUAGUCUAACACGAAGAGGGAGAAGUACUACCUUCGCUCUGGAAAAUGAAGAGUCCUGGAAUUAAAAUGCAUGUGUGUAUCCUUAAUGUAAAAUCCUGCAGAAAUAAUUAGUUCUGGUGCUAGAAAUGCAGUUUCAAACUGGUUCCUAAAGCAUCAUGAACAAACCCAGCCCUUCCUUCCCUGGGUUGUUCCAGGAUUUCAUCUUUUUAUGGCUUGAUUCUUACUUAAUUUGGUCAUGUCCCAUGGUGGUAACAUUCCUGUUUCUAGUGUUUCCACUGGUUUCCUCUGAUUAAGAAUCUAAGAAUCUUUCCCAUUGUGCUGGGUUCUCUUAAUUUUAAAACAUGGCGUAUGCUGUUCUCCUCACACCAGUGAAAGGUUUGGGUGCUUAACGCUUGCCGGGGAGGCAUCUGGAACUUGGUGCAUUCUGGCAGGUCUCUGAAUGAGCCAGGAAGAGAUGAGGGGCUGGUCCUGCAGAGAGCUCCCUCCUGCUGGCUCUGCGGACACACGAAAUAGCUUUUCCUCAUUUGGUAGUAUUGCUCCUGUCCCACAAGAAAUUGCUGCACAAAUCUGCUUGGGAAGCAGUUUGUGAUCUCUCCCUUGUCAAUUUCGAGCAAAAUUGCCUGGAUUAUUUCACCUACCAAUUUACUUAGCUAAAAAAUGAAAUAAUCCGAUAUGGAUUUUUUCCUUUUUUUUCCCCUGAAUGUUGAGAUAACAUCCAGGCUGUAGUUCCCUUCCUUCUGUCAUGGCUACUGUGCUGUGUUUUUGUUUUUCAAACUGGCUUUGUGAAUUGCAGAUACAAGAGAAGCAGGAUUUUUCUAAAACUCAUUUUUCUUCUAAAAAAAAAAAGACAAA